AAAGAAAAAGUGUUCUGGUCCUGAUCUUUUGCAUAGGCUAAACGUAGAAGAUUGGAAAAACAAAAUGCUCAGGCUGAAAAGAAGAAUGAAGAAAAUGAUAAUGAAGAAGCCAUUGAAACAUUCAAUAUCACAAGAGAAGAAUGCAUUCGUCGUCUAAGAGCCAUGGGUCAACCUAUUCGAUUAUUUGCAGAAACAGAUAAACAGUGUAAAGUACGUCUUCGUGCUUUAGAAUUGAUGAAUGAAGAAUCAGGCAACCAAGGUCGAAACGAAUUUAUGAAAACAUUGGAAGAGAUGGAAGCGAAUAUGCGUUUGGAUGAAUUAAAGCAAAAGAGUGGUGUACAAGAUGAUAAAAAGAAGGCUAAAAAGUCAACUUUGGUUGUUGAGCCUAUUCAGUUGGAAUUGAUCUCUAAAGAUAUCGAUAAACUCUAUUAUCAGAUUUAUGCUUAUUUCUCACACACAUUGGAUGAAUGGGAAGAAUACAUGUUACAACGUCCUGAAGAAGAGAAAAGAAGUGGUCCCGGUAAAAAAGCAGCUGUUUUGCAGAAACAGGCAGCAGAAUACAUCAAACCUUUAAUGCGUCAUUUAAAGAAAAAGACAUUGGAGCCUGAUGUAUUAAACCGUGUAGCUGAAAUUGCUCAGAGAAUGCAAGCUAGACUUUACAGAGAUGCACAAGAUGCUUAUCUUCAACUGUCAAUUGGUAAUGCACCUUGGCCUAUUGGUGUUACCAUGGUUGGUAUUCACGAACGUUCUGCUCGAGAAAAGAUUUCUUCUUCUCAAGUGGCUCAUGUACUCAACGACGAAACAUCAAGAAAAUGGAUUCAAUCUGUAAAGCGUUUAAUGACAUUUGCUCAAAGUAAAUAUCCUCCUUAUACACUAAGUCAGAUUUCAUAAUAAAAUGUUAUGUCAAUUUCGUAUAACUGGGUGGAGCAAUUCUUCUUUUGAUGACCUUGACAAUAUACAAUGGACAACUGCUAACAGCCGUAAUCACAGCUACUUUCCAUACGAAUCGACUGGUUAAAAUAAAUGUCAUGUCUACGAUG